AUGCAACAAUGCCAAGCACCCAUGCUUGCUCCUCACCUUGCCACCAACAGCAAGCACCACGUGCCUCAUGCGUUGUCCUCUGUCUUCAACCAACUCGGUCACGCUCGUGCCGUUGUUUCCCGCGACAACCUCUUAAGUGUUGUUGUUCAUUAUGGUCAUGCAAUGGCUCCUCAUGACAAGCUUUUGGAAAAUAGAGACAUGACACUGUUUAAGAUGGGAGUUGAGUCAUAUGGGUCUGCCAUGGUCGCACGCAAGCGCCAACCAGGUGCUUUUGCACUAUGGACAACUGCUAAACAAAGUGAGUUUCAUCGGGACAGACCUUGGGAUCCUGGUAUUAUUUUUGGAAGCCAUGGUUUGAAGCCCUAA